GCCAGUGUCGGCGGGGGCGGGAGGUGGAGGAGCGCGAUGCUACAACCUCCUUAUAAAGCCGCUCUCCCACGGUGAAGGCGUGGAAAUUACAGGCGUGUUACACGACUUCGGCGCGGACGUGAACUCUCCAGACAGACCGACACACCGCCGGCCAUGACGUUAUCCGGCGUGGGGGACGUGCUCCGCGGGGCCGAGGUGCCUCUCUGCUGGGUCGGAGCGUUGACGGUGGCCGCGGUGCUGGUGUGGCUCCUCUACGCUCUGCUCUCCGGCUUAAGGGUCUGGGUGCUGGGCAACGGCCAGCUCGUCUCGCCCGGGCUGGGCAAGUGGGCAGUUGUGACGGGAGCCACUGAUGGCAUCGGAAAAUCCUACGCAGAGGAGCUUGCUCUUCGAGGGUUUGCAAUCGUGUUGAUCAGCCGCUCCCAGGACAAGCUGGAUGACGUAGCCAUGUCACUAGAGGAUCAGUUUGGAGUGGAGACCAAAACCAUUGCGGUGGACUUCGGCAAGACCGACAUCUACCCCAUCAUCGAGGCGGAGUUGGCGGGUCUGGAGAUUGGCGUCCUGGUCAACAACGUUGGUGUGUCCUACGCCUACCCCGAGUACUACCUCUGUAUUCCAGACCUGGACAACUUCAUCACAAACAUGAUCAACGUCAACAUGGCAUCGGUGUGCCAGAUGACCCGCUUAGUGCUGCCCAGAAUGGCUGAGAGAUCCAAAGGUGUGAUUUUGAACAUCUCGUCAGCCAGUGGCAUGUACCCCCUCCCUCUGCUCACCGUCUACUCUGCCACCAAAGCCUUUGUGGACUUCUUCUCCCGCGGCCUCCAGGAGGAGUACAGGCGUCAGGGCGUCAUCAUCCAGAGCGUGCUGCCCUUCUUCGUGGUCACCAAGAUGACCCGCAUCAGGAAGCCCACCCUGGACAAGCCCACCCCUGAGCGCUACGUGGCCGCCGAGCUAAGCACCGUGGGCCUGCAGAGUCAGACCAACGGAUACUUCCCCCACGCCGUCAUGGGCUGGGUGACCACCAAGUUGGUGCCCAUCAGCAUCGUCAUCUUCCUAGGUGCCAGAAUGAACCGCCUCCAGCGUACGGGGUACCUGCAGAGGAGGAAGCUGCGGGAGCAGAGGAACGGAACCGGUCUGAAGUCGGAAUGAGAAGACUUUGACCUGAUGCAGUGUGGAAGGAAACCAGCGAGCGAGUGAGAUGUGUCUGCGUGUGUGUGAAAGUGUGUGUGUGUGAGACAAGAACUGGCCUGUGUGUGUGAAACGAAACCUGAUUUGAAACGAGGCCGAGGACAUUGGGGGCUGAAGCUUGCCGCUCCCGCCUAAAGGACCUGUGACUGGACACUGAUGGUGGCUGUUAGUUCGACCAAAAAGACAAAAAAUAAAGAGUGGUUUUGUUAACCCUGCUGUUGUAAGCAGUGACAUCUGGUGGUGGGCUGUUUUAUAUAUAUAUUAUACGUGUCAAAUUAUUUAUUUUAUAUUUGUAUAAACACACGUGGCACACACUAAUCUUGAAGACUAGUCCUGUUUACGCAACAAUGAGCUGCCAUCAGUACAGACACGGUUUCUGUAGCGACUCCUUGUGGUGGGAGGCUGUCGCAUUCAACAUAUUUGACCAGCUAUGAAACACCGGUGCCUUUUCACUGAGAUUGAUGCUGGAAUUCUGACAGCGUUGCCUUUUUUGAAUGUCUGUCCAGUACAUAAAUGAUCCCUUCAAACACUGGGAAGUUCACAAUACAGAUAUAAUGCAACUAUUGACCUCAAAGUGACUUUUCUUGUCCAUGUUCAUGAUAAGGACGUCCAGGGUAUUAAAUGUAAUGUAUUUAGUGCCUCAAAUCACUUUUUUUUUUAUAUGUAUUAUGCUGUUGACUUCACAUUCCAGCUUAUUUUCUACUGUUUGUUAAUAAAAAAAAAAAUGCAUAUACAUUCAA